AUGCCAUCGAAAGGAACCCCUCGUGGAGAAGAACCCCUUGCUGAGAGGAACCCCUCGUUGAGAGGAACCCCUCGUCGAGAGGAACCCCCGAGUAAGAAAUGUUGGAUAUAGAGGUAAUCGAUGACGGGGAUUUCGAAAAUGAUGUUAAUUUUUUCUCUCGAGGAAAACCAGUUGAAAGCUGAAAGAAUAUACUAGAAUAACAUAAGGAAACAUCCUUAACUUUCACCCCUUAAAAAAGUUACAGUUCAUCUAAAUUUACAGACAUGUAACUUUUGAAAAAGGCCGCAAAAUCGAAAAAGACCGAUUAUGACCCGAAGUCGCAAAAGUUCGUCCUUUUCAACAAAAAAUCGCUAGCCAAGCAACAGGGCUAGUAGCUAGCUGGCCCACGUGGCUAUCCAAGCACCUCGGUGACUGUUACUUUUACUGUAAACCUUUACUUUAUAAAGUAGUAAUUUUUUGAAUUUUUUCUUAAAGUACUUGAUAAGAACAACCCGACGGGGUUUUUUGAAAUACUGUAGACAAUAGAUGGUUAUUUUCAGUCUUAAAAAUUUAUUGUUCAUUAUUAUAACAAACAUGUCGCCAAGCCUUGGGAGAAGUUUAACCAUCGGCGAACCACUUGAUGCACCAAAAAACAAUAUUCUGCGUUCAAAAUUUCACUUUGCCCUGCUGUUUCCAACGUCCGCACGUGCGCUAGGACUUUAUCGGGGUCGCAACCACUGCAGUGCACCAUGCAGUCGCAAAAUGCGAUCGCAUAGCGCUGUCGCCGGCCUUCUAAUAUACAGUGCAAAAAUUUUAAACACUUUUCGGGAGUUUCAGCAUCAUUAACAAAGCGUUUAAGAUUGGUGUAAUGACCAAAAAGCGAUUACAAGUCUCCGCCGAAUACGGUACUUUCCGCUUCGGCGGAGAAAAAACUUUGUUCAGGCAAAAAACCGCCCUUCUUCUUAUUUUUACUGCAAACAGAGCUUUUUGGAUAUCUUGACUAAACGCCAAGAAUCGACAAAAAGUCCGGAGACAUCCUGUAUUACGGUGUUUCUUUAAAGAAACACUUGACCAAAACAGCCGGGGAAAGACUUGACUCGAUCAAUUUUUUUCCAUUUUUGCGUUUUGCCAGCAAAAAGAUUUUUCCGCAAACUUCGGUCUUUUACAGACCGAAUGACAUGUAAAUAAAGCAAUUCCGCUUGUGGUGUUAAACAUAUUCAAAUUGUUCGAGAGUAAGUCUUUUUCCGUUUGAUUAUCUGAUCUUUAGCUGCGAAAAUAGUUCCCAUAAAGCCCGUGUUUCUAAGAGUAAUACGAUUCUCUUUGUUUUAGACAUAAUAUUAUUUUCUUCACUGUUUUCCAAUAUUUUGAUUUCAGAUGCUUCAAUUAAUUGAAGCGGCCAAUAUUCAUGAACUUACGACACAGAAUCCCUCAAAUGAAGAGAACUCGGCUCCGUUGGUCAACGAAUUCUUUGCCACCGUGGAGAAUGGAGGUGUUCCCUUAAUCCCGUUGAUGCUAACUGCUGGUUACCUUAGGAAUCAUGAUGGGGAAACUUUACUCAUCACUGGCGCAAGAGUCGGCAAUCAUAGAGCUGUUGAUAAAUUCAGAGGGGAGAUUGAUGUGGAUGACAUAGAUAACGAUGGAUGGAGUGCUCUUCUUUGUGCCUCACAUCAAGGUCACGCUCAAUGUGUGCGUCUUUUACUUGAAGCUGGAGCAUCUGUGGAUCAACCUGAUUUGAUGGGAUGGACUCCCCUGAUGUGGGCGUGUUAUAAGAACAGAAUUGAUGCCGUUAAAGUCUUGUUGGAAUUCCAUGCUCAUAUUAACAUAGUGGGAGAAGAAGAUGGACUGACACCUAUGAUUAUUGCUUCUGGAAGAGGAUAUUACGAGAUUGUUCAUUUGUUACUCGAGAAUAACGCCGAGGUAAAUGCGAGCGACAAGUUUGGAAGCACAGCUUUGAUUUGGGCGGCUCGAAAAGGGUAGGUCUUCAUCUUUACCAGCAUCGUUGCAUGUUAAAGUAUUGUUGGAAAAUGAAAUUUUUAGAUAUUUGGACAUUGUGGAGGAACUUCUCAAUGCCGGUGCGGAGUUGGAUGCUGUCGGAAUGUAUUCUUCCACUGCUCUGAUGCUGGCAACAAGAGGAUGUCAUUUGAAAACAGUCGAAGCUCUUCUAGCCAGAGAACCAAAUGUUAAUGUUGUUGAUUACAAUGGCCUCUCAGCUCUUGGAAUUGCCGCUCGUGAAGGAUACACUCAAAUUGCUCAAGCUUUAUUGCAUUCUUCUGCUUAUGUGAAUACUGUAGAUAGGUAUGGAAAUUCGAUUCUGGCCAGUGCGGUGAGAAGUGGGAAUCUGAAUUUGGUGCGAAUGCUUUUGGAUAAACACGCUGAUGUGAAUGCCAAGGAUUCUGAAGGAAGAACCGCUUUACACUUGGCCAUUGAUAAAAGUUACACCGAUAUUGUACUUGUUUUAUUGGAGAAAAAACCUAAUCUGGAGAUCAGAAACAAGGACGGAGAUACCGCUUUACUGAGGCAAGUCAAUUUCGCUGAUUUAUUUAUUUAUUUAUUUUAGGGCUGUCAAGAAUAGAGAUGUCGCUCUGUGUCAAAUUCUGGUUCAUUCGGGUGCUAAAAUUAGUAGCACUGACAAUGUCGGGGACAAUGCGUUGCAUUUGGCGUUGAGAGCGAGGUCAAAGAAACUGGCGCAGAUCUUACUGGUGAACCCCGGAGAUUCUAAGUUACUGUAUAGACCAAACAAACUCGGAGAAACCCCGUAUUCGAUAGAUCAGGAGAGCUCAAGCCCCAUUCUUCCCACAAUCUUCGGACCGAUUGGAGUUGAUAUGGAAUUCAAUAAUCUACUUGGAUAUGAAGCUUAUAGCGAUGUUUUGGCCGAUAUUGUAUGUGAACCCAAUCUCUCACUCCCUCUCACUAUCGGACUUUACGCAAAAUGGGGAUCGGGGAAAUCCUUUUUGCUACCGAAGAUUAGAGAAUCGAUGAGAAGUUUCUCCAGAAGUUGGUUGGAUGGACUGGAGUUGUAUUGGAGCUGGACUCUGGUGUUUACCUGCUUUUUUAUCUGCGCCUUCUUCUCCUUCACAUUAUUUACUCUCUACGUUCUCAUCGUUCACACUUUUGAUUUCCUUUAUCCCGUUUUGGUUGGAGGCGUUGUGUACGUAGUCGUCUUGGCAUCGUAUGGCCUCAUUUAUUAUGGAAGUGAAGUCCGUUUAUGGAAUGGAUCCAUCAACCUCGCGCGACAGAUUGCCAAGGUUUUAGCCAGGUUUAAGCUGGUUAUCAGUAUCCUGACUUUGAAUACUCCCAUGAGAUCGGAUAAGGACUUGAUUGUAAGCCCUGUGGGCUUUUUAUUCGCGGACGAUCAUCGACUCUCUUUCAUUGGUGGAGAACAGGCACUUGUAAAUAUUGUUCUAUCCCUGUACAAUGCCGCCGAAGAACAUUACGGCACCAUCCCUGUUCGAAUGUACGCAGCUUUGAAGGCACAGCAAUCACAUAAUGAUGACAAACUGCGAACGAUUUGCGGAAUCCCAGUACUCUUCAACAUCGUCGUGAUGGUAGUGUCUGCGAUUAUUUCCAUGUCUCUCGUUCUUUACGAAUAUGGACAUGUUAACGAUCUUAACCAUGAUUCAAGCUAUCUGAUUGGCGCUGGAGUCCUCGGUUUAAUAUUUCUGGUGGCUGCUCUUCCCAUACUCUAUACCUUCACCAUCAGACUUAUUGUGAAUCUACCUCAACGAAGAAUAAAGUCGGUCAUGCAUAGAUUACACAAUCUUCCAUUUGAGAGAGUAGUCCAAAAGAUCCAAAAUGAAGUAGAUCUCUUAACCAACCUGAUCCAUUCAUUGGAUGCGUUUACGAAUUCCCAAACACGACUUGUUGUCCAAGUUGAUGGCCUCGACAGUUGUGAACAAAGCAAUAUGGUCCAGAUCUUAGAUGCGCUUUCUCUUUUCUUCGCUUCCAGACAGAAUUCUCCUUACAUUAUCAUCUUAGCUGCUGAUCCUCAUAUAAUUAUUUCUGCCCUUCAAAAAAAUCUUCGUGGGUCUGCGAAUUUAGAGAUCACCGGCCACGAUUACAUGAAGAACCUGAUCAGUAUGCCUUUCUAUCUGCAUCACGCAGCUCUCCAACAACUUCAUCGUAAGAAUCAGGACAAGGAGGUGGUCAAUGGAGGUGGAAUAUAUAACCGAAGAAGGUCCGAUACCAUUCGAAGUUCUCGUUUAUCACUUAGGGAGAAGGAGAUGAUCAUGAACACUGCAGGUAAGUUUCUUAUUUAUAAUACAGAUGAGGGUUUACUAGUGGUGGCUAACUUGCCUCGAUUCCAGGACAAACACAAUCCAAGGAGAAUAUGGUGAGCACAUUCGGGACGAAUGAUCUCUCCAAUCUGUUCCCAUCCCAUGAUUACUUUGCCAAUAUAAAUCCUCGUGUGAUGAGGAGGAUCGUGAACUCGAUUGCGCUGACCGGCCGUCUUCUGAGAUCCUUCGAAGUGCAAUUCAAUUGGUUCCUUUUGUAUUCCUGGAUUAGUCUUCUGGAACAAUGGCCAUUCCGGAUGACUUAUUUGGUUGGAUGUGCAUUGGAAGAGGAGGAUGGAGAGAUGACUUUACCUGAUUUGUAUGAAAAGAAGAAACAUCGACUACCAUCUAACUCAACCCUUUCUGAUCUUGACAGAAAUCCAUCAGAAUUUGAGGAAAUAAUGAGAAGAAUGGGUUCUUCCAAGACCGAGCAGUUGACUAUUGCUCAUGUUAAGGCUUUCUUCCCUUGCACCAGCAAUCUGGAUCCCUAUCUAAAGAAGCUCAUCCAUGAACAAAGUAAAGAUGAAUUCGGGAAGCAAGACAAGGAUGACAAAGAUUUCUCGAUGUCUCAGUUUGAGAAGCAAAAUGAAGGAGUCAAGUAUUUAUUCGACGACCCAAAUGUUUGGUUCAGCAUCACGAAGACCUUGCCAUUGAUGUCCGUAGAAGAUGUCCAAUAUCUAGUCGAGAAGUUGAGGAUUCCAACAGGGAGGAUUGCGGAAUUGAAAGAAAAAAUAGGGCAGUUCAACUUGAACGGAUUGGUACUUUAUACGUGUAAUCUAGAUGACUUAAAACAAACACUUGAUGUAAGUAUUCGACAGAAUGAUAAGAUUUCUUUGUAGCUACCUCUGGGAGAUUGGGUUCUAUUCAAGAUUCUUUUGGAGAUUCUUCGAGUCUGGAAACCUCAGGCAAAGAGACCCACUAAUAAUGACGCAAAUGCCCCUAAGCAAUUAAAAAAUCACUCAUCCAGGGGUCAAAGCGAAGAGAGAGUCGAGGCAAACAACUUGGUCAGCAUUAUUGAAGAAUCAAAGAACUUGACUGAUGAUGGAACGGAUUCUGUAAAUAAAAGUAUUCCGAGGAGGAGAAGCAGCAGCAGUGACAACAAAGACGGCGAUGGAGACAGUUUAAAGUCGAAUAUGGGUUCUAAUCGGAGUCUAAUCAAGAAGGAUGGUGAUGAACUCGGCGAGUAA